AUGAUUGACGACAUAGCUGAUGCGAUUCCACAGUUGACAGAUAACCUGCAUAAAGGUCAAAUGGGAAGAAUUGCCGUUGUCGGUGGAUCCAAAGAAUAUACCGGAGCACCGUUCUUCUCUGCUAUUAGUGCUUUAUAUUGUGGUGCUGAUUUAGUUCAUGUUAUUUGCUCAUCAUCUUCAGCUCCUGUUAUCAAAUCAUAUAGUCCUGAUUUGAUUGUUCAUCCUGUAUUAGAUGAAAGUCUCACUGAGGCAGUUAAAUGCAUGGAUAGAGUUCAUGCAGUCACUUUCGGACCUGGGCUUGGAAUAACCGAGAAUAUUGAGAAUACUAUUAAGUUAAUAGAUUAUUGUAAAUCAACCAAUAAACCUAUUGUUAUUGACGCAGACGCUUUACACAUAAUCAAUGACAAUCCAUCUCUUAUAGAAGGUUACCGAAAAACUAUCCUCACACCAAAUACUGUUGAAUUUUCAAGAUUAUACUAUUCUGUUUUUUCAUGCAAUCCAAAUAAUACAAGUGAUGCAACAAAAUGUCUUGCGGAUAAACUUGGUGUAACUAUCGUUCACAAAGGUCCUGCAGAUAUUAUAUCUGAUGGUCAGACAACUGUGCUAUGCAUAGAGCAAGGGUCACCACGAAGAUGUGGUGGCCAAGGAGACAUACUUUCGGGUACAAUGUCGGUAUUCAACAAUUGGUUUCAUCAGAUGAAAGAGAGUAAUAAGAAUUUGCCAUUUGCAACUACUAUUGGAGCUGCGUUUGCAGCUUGCACCCUGACGAGAAAAUCUUCACUUUUGGCAUAUUCAAAGCACGGUCGUUCUAUGAUUACAUCACAAAUGCUGCCAGAAAUCCACAACGCAUUCCAGCAACUUUUCACUAAAAAAUUACUAAAGUAG